AUGUCCUGCCCCGACUGCUUCCGCGGCGCGGUGCACACGCACGCCACCCCAACAGGCACGAUCGAAACCGUGCACGGCAUCAAAACGUACGUCGCCGGCGGCAGCGAUUCGACGCGCUCGCAGUCGACCAUCAUCUACUUUCCCGACGCCUUCGCGAUGAACGUGCCCAACAACAUGAUCCUCGCAGACAAGUACGCAGCCGCGACGGGCUGCCGCGUGCUCUUCCCGGACGUGGUCUUCAACGGUGGCCUGCCCGAGUACGUCAUGAAGGGCGUGGAGUACCUCACCACCCACCCCACGACCGUCACUUCGGUGCUGGGCAAGGCGUACACGCUCGUGACGGUACUGCCGCACCUCAUUCCCUUCGUGAUCUGGGGCCAUCCGCGGAACAACUACACGGCCAUGCUGAAGUUUGCGCGCGACGUGCGCGCCGAGCUGCCCGAGGGGGGCAAGCUCGGCGUGUGUGGCUUCUGCUGGGGCGCGUGGCCGAGCACCAAGCUGUGCGCGGAGAGUGUGGAUGGCGCGCCGGGGAGUGCACGGCUGAUCGACGCCCAGUUCAACGGCCAUCCGUCGUAUAUCGUGAAGGAACCGACGCUCGUGGCGGACUGCAUUCGAAAGUAUAAGACGCCGUACGCGAGCGCCGUGGCGGAGCUGGAUUUCCAGUUCAACGCCGAGGUGGCAGCCCAGGCGGAGGCCCAGCUGCGCGACAGCGUGGCGAGCAAGGGCGAUGGCGAGAACGGGUACGUCUUCGAGUUCCGCGUGUACAAGGGCGCCAGCCACGGGUUUUGCGUCAAGGCCAAGCAGGAUAAUAUGCAAAAUUAUCAUGACGCCGUGGCGCACGCCGUGACCUGGUUCAAGAGCUAUCUCAAUUGA